UUUUGUCCUGUAGAUAUUUGGGAAGCGCGCGAAGUUUUCAGAUGCCCGAAAUCGGCAGUGAAAUUCAGUUUGGGGAGGCAAUGAGGUUCUCCAGCUAUAGCUGGCAAUGUGACGUGCUUGGCUUCGCGUGCUAAAAUUUUGCAGAAUAUUUACCUGUAGUAAUUUGUACUAUAGAAUUGAGUAUGAAUAGCGAUAAAAAUAGUUAUUUUGAGACUACUAAAUUUUUGUCCAGAUGUUUAUUUACAAUUUUACUUUUGAUGUCCACAUUUCAUACAGGGAUAUCCACUGUUAAGGCUGAUGUUCGGUGUUAUUGCAAUCUACCUGCAUGUGUGACGUCUGGAUACAUGUGUAAAUCAUCUGUGGGUGUCUGUAUAUCGGAUCAUUUUGGAUACAAUAAUGAAAUUUGGCAAUCCAGACAUGCCUGUCUGGAAUUAAAUUCUAAUUCAGAUCAAGAGAUGGAGCCACUAGAAUGCAAGGAACCUUCAGAAGAUUUGGACAGCAUAACGUACCCAAUUCGUUUUUGCUGUAAAGAAGAUAUGUGCAAUUACUUCCGAAAUUCUAAUGAUAAACAAGAAUCAGUUUAUCGAUUGAACCACAGUUAUAUGACUGGUUUUCUGUCGAAUGAAGAUUACUUCUACAGGCAUGGCGGCAACAAUAAGAACAACGGCACCUCCAUGCACCAACAGAUGUGGUUCAAAGCGGCAGUGAUUGCAGUACCCAUUGCCGGUGGUUUUAUUCUGAUUAUGCUCAUUGUUAUGGCAGCCAGAAUGCUUAAAGCAGACCACAAGAGACACAGACAGUUCAACGAGAUACGGAAACAUGGCAGGCUGAACACACACGUUGUCUACACGGGAGAGAAGACACUGGGCCGAAAUUUUCUUUAUUUACCCAAAUCACUAAGCUGCGUCGUUUUAGGCAAUGAUGCGGCCUUCCGCCAUCCACAAUUACAGAGGAGCUUCACAUCUGCAAGUAGCAUUGGACAUUCAAAUAACCUGUACAAAAAUGUUUCGAUAGCACUCUCGACUGAUACAGAUGUAUCCAGAGAUAAAUAUUUUGUUUUCGAUCUGUGAUAUGUAUCAGUGUAUUAAUGUCCGGGUCCAUUUGAAUCAUUUUGGUGGUAAGAGUCUGACGUCGGUGAAUAUUGUGAAAUUCAUAUUGUCUGGAUGGAUUUAACAAUACAUCUGAAAUGUGUUGUCGUUUGUGCACCCAUGUUGUGCAUCUUGUGCCAUUUCCAUAUUUUGUCUUAUGAGUUAAGACCAGUUUCUUCUUAUAACCCUUGAUUAUUAGCUAAUACCUGAAAUAGUUGAAAAUAAUUCUUAAAAAAAAAUGACAUUCCCUUGCUCUUCGACUGAAAGUUCAGACUAUUUCGCAUAUAGUUUAUCCUCCCAAAUAGCGUUAACUAACUAACUCGUUAAUACAUAUUGUUUUUGCUUUAAGACGGAAUUUUUUUUAAAAAUAAAUCAAUAAAAACCGGUGGUACAUGCAUUUAUUAAGAGUAAAAACUAUUCGCAAUCAAAAAUUCCUGAUCAAAUUACUGUAUAAAAUACCGGCACUUUAGAUGCAUCAUAUAUAAAAUCCUUUUUAUUGCAAAAUCCAUUUUCACCGUAAAAUAUUGUACCGUAAUUUUUACGGUAAUAUUUAUUUAGUUUGAGUGAUUUAAUGUUCUUGCUGUAAUUAUUAUCAUAAAAAUUACGGUAUAUCAGUUUUUUUGUUCCGUACCAUGUUUCGAUAAAAAUGGAAAUUACUGUGAAAAUUACUGUGAAGUGCCGAAACUUUUUACCGGAAUUUUUUGCUGUGCACUAAAUUUUUUUCAAAAUAGCACUUUUCCCAUAGUUGUAUUGAUUAAUAUAAAAUUUACGGAACGUCCAACUAAAAAAAGAAAAACAAUAAUUAGAAUAAACAUUAUGUGGGUUGCCCAAAUUGGCUAUUAAGUACAUGUAUCAGCUGAACUCUUUUGCUUAGAUAUUAAAAAAAAUCUAGAAAUUUUUUGUUUGCAUACGGAGUUAUACAAAUAUUUUUUACUAAUACUUAACUUCACAAGUAUUAGCACUUUAUAAAAGCUAUUUUCGUUUUUUUACAACUGGCUUCUUUUACACUGUUAGAAUUUUCAAUCUAAAAUUACAAUAAAUUAACCGGCAGCAGUCUGUCCAUUCAAUAAACCGUAAGGAACAUUUCUUGCCUUUACGGUUUUGAAAACGUUUACAGCUUGUAAGGUUUAAAAAAAAAGCAUGGAUAUAAAACUGUACGGUUUUUUAAUCGUUUACAAAUAGCAUGGUUUCAAUACCGUAAAGAAAUUUACACUGGACCUAGCAGAUAGUUUAGCAGCUUAAUGAUGCUACCCUCUAAGCAUGAAUUAGAGCGUCGUAUUUUAAUAGCACGGGGUAACAAAUUGGGGAGUGUAGAAUGUUGGCAACUUUUCAGGUGUCGAAGGGAAUUGUGGAAAUAUUGUAUUGUCAAUGUUCUUGGACUCGAACCCUGAUGAUCAUGAGAUCGACAGAUUAGCCCUCUGAGCUAUAUAAUGUACCUAUCUGCAAGGAACUAAGUGACUUCAUUAGAUGAGCCUAGUUGGUACGAUAAAAUUAUAGUUGUUUAACCGUAUUAAGUUAAAGCAGUUAUUAAACUGUUUUUCUCACAGUAGAUAGCAGUUAGAAUACCAUCUUAUUUAUGGUUAUUCGACUGUUUCAUUCGCAUAUGGUGAAAUAGCAAUUAAACGAAUUGCUAUUUAACUGUUUUUUUCCGAGAAAUUUCUAACAAUGUAUAAGCGAGCCAAUUUUGAAAUGUAGGUAAUUUAAUCUAUUUCCAGUUCUGUCAUUGCUUCUCAACUUUUUUUUCAAAAAAAAUUCCUUCCCAUUUUGCAUAACGUAUGCAAGGAAAAUAUCAACUUAGUCUGUUAAUUUACCCUAAAUUUGUUUCAUACAUGAUGAAUUACGACUGAAACUGGUUCAGAUGUAUCCAGACAAAAUUCGAUAGUCGCUUCGAUGAUCGCCAAAGUGAGCCAAUUCUCUGCAUUUCAACAUCCCAUCGUGGUUUUUAUUUUUAAUAAAGCGAUUUUUUCACGCUUUUUGUCGCGAAUAUGAGCUCGAAUGCAUAGCACCUUAUCCUCAUCCAUUGUGUAGAUAACUUGUACAUAGAAAAAACUAUAUAUUUACAUCCAUCCUGAUUGUUCCUAUUUCAAACAAAGGUAUGGAUUAAAAAAAAGUGUUGCUCCGCCCAAGUAUAGUGCUUCAUCUUUUUCUAUAAAUGCCAUAUAUAUAUAUAUAUAAACUGUAAAUGUUUAAUGUAAUAUUCUAAAGUAAUUCGUGAAAAAAAAAUUUAAAUGUAGUGCCAAAGUUAUUCUCCUUUAAUUUUCCUUCAUUGAUGUAGUGAAAACCACGCUUACGGAAUGAUUUAGAUCAAUUUCAAAGCUAUUUUUGUCAUUUUCAAAUCUAUCAGAUAGAUAAUAUUUCAUUAAAAAGGAAACUACGUCACAUCUCAUAUAAAUGAUCCCAAGAAACUAAAGCGGAGAGAUAUUACUUGUUUAAAAACUUCAUUUGCUUCAAAAGCUUUGCUUUUGCUUCAAGUUUUUAAACAAGCAAUGCGUCUCAUGUUAUUUCUAACAGACGCAAAAUGUACUCGAAGUCUUGAGAUAUUUUCGAAAACAAGCAAAACGCUUAUGACGUUAUAGAUGUCGGAACAAUUUCCUCUGAACAAUGCUGGUUUUAGCGAAAAACAUUUUGUUUUAAAAAUGUUCGUUAUGACAUUCCUAGAAUCUUUUUCUGAAAGUCGUUUUUUAUUAAGAAAAGAAAGAAAGAACAUUACUUUUGUCAUAUACUAAAAUGAAAUUUUGCCAUAAUAACCCUAAUUUUGUAAUUAAAGUUAUCCAUUAAUUGUUAUCAUUACUCAUUAAUCAUUACUAUAUCAUUACUUUUUUUUUACUUUGAAUACUUAUAAAUUGUUAUCAUAAGUGUUAACACCGAAGUCAAUACCAAAAUUUUAAUUUUCUGUAUAAAAUAUUAGUACCGUUUAUAGAAUAAAAAAAUUACUUUGUUGUUACACAGAAAAUUUUAAAAAAAUACUUUUAAUUUUACAGUCACAUUUUUUCUCAAAGGUUAAUUAAUAAACUCAUCUUUUUAAAUGAAAACCAUAUGCAUGUAUAAGCAAUUUCAUUAACAUCGGGCAAAAUGCUAUGCUUUCUAUAAACAUAUUAAAAGCAAAACUAAUCAUUAUUUCCCUCCACCUUAUUGUUGAAUUAAAACUAAAACUUUAGAAGUAUGAAGGAUACAAAUUGAUAAAUCUGAUUUAGAUUUAUUAAUUUUUGUUCGAAAUCUCCCUGUACAGAAUAAUGAAUUAUAUAUUUUUAGGGUAGUUAGAAAACCAAAUUAACCCAUUAUUGCCCACAGUCCCUUUUAAGGGACGGUUCUAAAAGUGUAUUAUAAGAUCACUAAAAUUAUAUUUUUGGCAUAAUUUCUGCGUAAAUUUAGUUUUAAGUAUUAUUUUUCUUUUAAAUCUUAGCAAUGGCAGCAUUGUGCAAAAUGGCUAUAUUUUGCAUGCAUUAUAAUUUUUUUCGUCUGCCGAAGAGUAAUUUUAUAUUUUUUUUCUCAUGAAAUUUUUUUAUUUAGUAAUUAUCUUGUAAUCAGCAAAUUUUUCACUAAAUAUAACUAUAUUUUAUCUCAUAUUAGUUUGGAGGGGAGUAAACUUUUCAUUGUGCACCCCCUUCAAUUUUUUUCAAUUUGUAACAAAAUCAUUUUUGGUAAUUUUCAUACUGAUUUCAUGAUUUUUCAUAUUGAUAUCGAAAUCGAUAAUAAUUUGGGUCCUGGACAUAAAUGGGUUAAAAAGUAAUUUACCUAUGAUAAAUUGUCAAACGAGAUUUUAUAUUUGUCAAAUUUAAGAAAAACCCAAUUGUAUUUUAUUAGUUUGAUAAUCGAUAAUUGUGUAUCGUUUCCAUACAACUCUGAAUUAUUUCAACAAUAGCCAAUGCUUUACGAAAAGUUACCGAACAAACUAUUAAAAAUUAGAAAACAGUUUCUAUCGACCUAUUGUGAUUAUCAUGCCAUAAGCUUGAAAGUACUUAAAUGAAAGCAGAAUUCGUAUCAAUCAGCCACAGCUGGGAUUCGAACAUUGGUUACCUCAUUGGGAGGUGAAUGCCCUAUCCCUUGACCACCGCAGCUCUUCGACCACCUUUGAGGAUAUUUUUACGUCAGCACUAUGGUCAGUGGGAGCCGGGAGCAGAAUUUGAAUCGACCAGCCAUCACUGGAAUUCGAACCUGGAAACCUCAUCGGGAGACGAACGCUCUAUCACCUGAGACGCUGCGUCUCCACGAACAAGGUUCAAAGAUAUUAUUAUAAAUUAAUAAUGUCAUAAUCGACGAUCAUUCCGGUAGAAGACUUUAAAAGUUGUAUUUGAAACUGCCGAGUGCAGAAGUAUAGUACGGCUUUCAGGAGAACUCCUCCAGACAUGAGUCUCGCGUCGUGGCGGGUACCAUGGUUACGAGAAAAAGUCGCUUCGAAUAGGGGUGUAAGGUGAAUAGUUUUGUCUUGAUCUUGGCAUAGGUCAGUGUGAGUAAACUAAUUAACACCUUCAUUCGUCCUUUGCACCCCCAUUAGAAAUGUGUUCUCGCUUGUUACCAUAGCAGCAGACAGCCCCAGACAUUUAGUCUGGAGGAGUUCUCCUCAAAGCCGCGCUAUACAAUGCACCAGCUGGUGAUUACUCAACAUAAUUCGCAUAAAAUUUUCAGAAGAUAUUAUAUCAGUCUUGAAAAUUAAUAGCUGUUCUUUGUAUAUCGAUUUAUUGGUUUGAUAACAUAUAAAACCAAAUUGGUUUUACUUCUUAACCUCUACAAUUCUAAAUAAAAUUAUAUUUUAGGGUCUCAUGUACACAUAAAUAGCAAGCAAUUUUAGCAUUUUAAAACAAAAUUUUAAAAUUGCAUUUUAAUGCUUUUUAUACAUGAGAUAGAGCUUCUUAACACCUCAUCAAGCCCAACUCGGUAAAAGCUUAAAAAAUGUAGCAAUGCGUCGCGUAUUAUUAGAAUUACCACGUUUAUUCACUCUUCAUAUACAUGUAUGAUACAAUAAAGUACAAAAAAUGCUAUUUCCUAUUCAAUUCCUUGAUUUUUAAUUGAAUGAAACAUUGUAUUAAUUGUUAUAAUAGAAAUUCAUUAUUUUGACUACAUUUUUCGCUUUUAAUUAUGUUAUAUAAUAAGGAACAUUGUUCAUAAUAAAAAUUUACUUUAUAAUUUGUUAUAUUUUCAACAAUACAUUUUAGAUUUGUUGUUUCUGUACAUUUUAAUGCUUGAUGUAUAUUUCGUAAGCAUUGUUUGUUAUAAAAUGUGAGAUAUAGAUAUUAUUUAUUGACUAAUAAAAACAUUUUAAAACUAAA